CAUCUCGAUCAGAUUACGCCCUGAACAAUCUAUCACAAUGAACGGAAGACCAUCCAAUGCAGAGCAACGAUAUGCGGUCAAGAAGUUCGUCAAAGAACAAGGGGUGGAUGGGUGGGAAGAGGCAUGGAGGCGUGGCAUAACUCCUUGGGAGAAUUUCGAUGGGGCUCAACCUCCUUUGAGAGAUCUAAUUGUGUCUGCGAGGGUCCCGUUCAAGUCUCCCGGACGGGCUCUCGUACCCGGCUGUGGACGGGGCCUUGACGCCAUUUACAUAGCCUCGAGCUUGGGGGUUGAUACCCUCGGGAUCGAUAUUUCGCCAAGCGCUGUGGCGGCCGCGAAAGCACAAUUAUCGAGGCAUCCUCAAGCGAUUCGGGACCCGGGCAAGGUGACUUUUGAAGAACUUGACUUUUUCAAGCUUACGGUCCCGGAAGAUGAACGCUUUGACAUCGUCUACGAUUAUACAUUCUUCUGUGCAAUCCCACCGUCUCGACGGAAAGAAUGGGGCCAACAGAUAACGGCGUUGACCACGCCCGACGCCUAUCUGGUGACGCUGCUAUAUCCACUCAGCGUGACUGCCGAGGAUGGAGGACCACCAUAUCAUAUGCGCAGGGAUCAUUACAAGGAUGCAUUGCCUGGCUGGAAGAGGGCCAUUGAUGAACAGCCCAAGGCUAGCUCUCCAGGUCACGAAGGAGAGGAGCGAUUGAUGGUGUGGCGAAAGGUGGGCUUGAACAAGGAAUCUGCGGAUUGAAAGUUCAGAGCGGAAUAGGAUUUAGUCUCGAUGAUUUAUACCCUUGUACAAUGGCUACGCUUCUAUCUGGGUUAUAUGACGUGGUAUUUAUUGGAAUUGU